CAUGAGAACCAUAAACACUAUGUUACACACGUUGCUAUGGAAACCGCAUGGCCGGAAGUUAUCCCCCGUCCGCCAUGAUGCGUCCCACGAUGAUGUGUUCCCGAAUCUGAAACUAGGGCUGAACCAGAGGAAACUGAGAGCCGCGGUACUUGAGUGGCUGCCGUUUGUUAAGAGGUAUGAAGAGAAAGAUGGAAGUGUCGUCUACAAACAAGCCAGCAUCGACCUUGCAAACCACCUUGGAAAUGUCCUCAAUUUUACGUACUCUGUAUCUGAACCGGCUGACGGAGAAUGGGGAGUGCCGAUUUCCGAAGACUCUUCCAAUUACUCAGGACUUACUGGCAUGUUACAGCGGAUGGAAGUGGACUUCGUUGCGGCUCCAAUGGGUUACACGGAAGGUCGAGAUCUCCACGGUGACUUCCUGCCAUUUGUCCAUGCGUCAAGCAACGGUCUGAUACUGAGGAACACCAGAGGCAGGUCCAAGUUGUCAAGCGCCCUGACCGAUCCGUUCCGCUGGCAGGUGUAUGCCGUUGGGGGUGCGGUUCUAAUUGGGGUAGUCCUGCUCUACCUGGCAAUGGAAUGGAACAAUCCAUUCUACAACGAUGACAAAUCCGUAGAAAAGGGAUGGAAACCAGCGGGAGCUCUUGAUGCUGUGAUGUAUCUGUUUGGUUCGACCAUACAUCAGGGCGGCGUCCAUCUUCCGGAGUCCAGUUCCGGUCGGAUCCUGGUUAGCUUCUGGUGGCUGUACAUUAUUGUGAUGACCGCCGCCUACAGCGGCAACCUCAUCGCCUCCCUCACCGUCACCAAAGAAGAACUUCCCUUUAAUAGUUUAGAUGAUGUCUUUGCUGAUGACAGCCUCAAAGUCGGCUUUGCAGCAGGCACGAUCCUUCAAAAAACUAUCAUGACAUCCAACAACAGCAAAAUUAUGCGGCUGUGGGAGAAGAUCCAAGCCUCAAGAAGCAUGGACAGCAGCACAUUUGAAAGAAACGUCACCAUCCAAAUAAAGAAAGUUCUCGACGAGAAUUAUGCUUUUAUAAGAGUGAUACGUCAGAAUUAG